UUACACCACCACGACACAGACCAAGUGGUGUGGGUUUAAAGGCUUCAGUCGACAUUAGACAGCCGAAACAGCUAACUAGUUUAAAAUAAUAACACGAAUUUAGUGAAAAAAUUAUUCACGGUAACAGAAUAUAUGAACUGUAUCCUAAUAAUUCACUCAUUCUGAAAUUGACAAAAUAAGAAAACAAGCCGAGCGGAAAGUAGCUAAGAGACGUCUACAAACCGGCAAACAAAGAGAUCCCUUCUCGACGACAAAAUUUUUCCUCAAUAUUCUUUAGUUAUGAGUCAUGUGGCCGUCGAGAAUGUACACGGUCUAGAACAGCAGCUUGCUGUCCUAGGCUUGAACAAUGCUGAUGGACAGGGCGGGGGUACUGGCAGGACCUGUUACAUUCCACCUCAUUUACGGAACAAAGAGGCUUCCAAAAAUGCAGAUGCAUUCUCUAGACAGAGCACUUUCUCAAUGGCACCAGGAAGCUAUACUCCUGGCGGUUGGGAUGGGGGACGCAACAAUGGCUUUGUGCAGAAUGGCUACCACGACAACCGCAUGAAUGGCGGCAACAGGUACAAUAGCGGCCCGCCUCGCAUGGAGAGAGGCCGGGGUGGCGGAGGUUACCGUGGUGGCAGGGGCGGGUCCUACAACCCUGUCCAGCCCAUGCAAAACGCCGGAGGGUUUGGCGGUUAUGACAACAAAGAUGUCGGUGGCUGGAACACCACUAAAGACGCCUACACCAGCUUUGGCGCGCGUCCUGACAGGGGGAAAUCUGCUUUCUUCAACAAUGGCACAAAUGUUUCCCGUGGAAGUUACCCGCGUGGAGGGUUUGGGGGCGGUGGAAACAGCCGCUGGGUGGAGGAGCCCAGGGACGAUGAGGACUGGUCCAAACCCACUCAGGCCAACGAGCGCCUGGAACAGGAGCUGUUCGCUGGAGGUAACACAGGGAUUAACUUUGACAAUUACGACGACAUUCCCGUUGAGGCCACAGGCCAAAACUGCCCACAUCACAUUGACAGUUUCCAGGAUGUAGAGAUGGGGGAGAUCAUCAUGGGUAACAUUGCCUUGACCCGCUACACCCGACCGACUCCGGUUCAGAAGUACGCCAUUCCAAUCAUCAAGAACAAGAGAGACCUUAUGGCCUGCGCACAGACGGGCUCUGGUAAGACUGCAGCGUUCCUGUUGCCAGUGCUGAGUCAAAUCUAUACUGAAGGCCCAGGAGAGGCCCUCGCUGCCCAGAAAUCUGGAGGGCAGGACAAUGGGAAGUACGGUCGUCGUAAGCAGUACCCCCUCUCUCUGGUUCUGGCCCCCACCAGAGAACUGGCCCUGCAGAUCUACGAAGAGGCCAGGAAGUUUGCGUACCGGUCUCGUGUACGUCCCUGUGUGGUGUACGGAGGGGCUGACAUCGGCCAGCAGAUCAGAGACCUGGAGAGAGGCUGCCACCUGCUGGUGGCCACACCCGGACGCCUGGUGGACAUGAUGGAGAGGGGCAAGAUUGGCCUUGACUACUGCAACUACUUGGUGCUGGACGAGGCUGACAGGAUGUUGGACAUGGGUUUCGAGCCCCAGAUCCGACGCAUCGUGGAGCAGGACACUAUGCCCCCUAAAGGAAUCCGCCAGACUAUGAUGUUCAGCGCCACCUUCCCCAAGGAGAUCCAGAUCCUGGCACGUGACUUCCUGGAGGAGUACAUCUUCCUGGCAGUGGGGCGUGUGGGAUCCACCUCGGAGAACAUCACACAGAAGGUGGUGUGGGUGGAGGACGGUGACAAGAGGUCCUUCCUCCUGGACCUGCUCAAUGCCACAGUCAUUCCAAGCGAGGUUCAGGACAAUGCAGGUGAAAACAUAGAGAAACCUGGUAAAGACUCCCUGACGCUGGUGUUUGUGGAGACCAAGAAGGGUGCAGAUGCCCUGGAGGACUUCCUGUACCGCGAGGGCUACGCCUGCACCAGCAUCCACGGGGACCGCUCCCAGAGGGAUAGGGAGGAGGCACUGCACCAGUUCCGCUCGGGACGCUGCCCCAUCCUCGUCGCCACAGCCGUGGCUGCACGUGGCCUGGACAUCUCUAAUGUAAAGCACGUCAUCAACUUUGACCUGCCCAGUGACAUAGAGGAGUAUGUCCACCGUAUUGGUCGUACUGGACGCGUAGGCAACCUGGGCCUGGCGACGUCGUUCUUCAACGAUAAGAACGGCAACAUCACCAAGGACCUUCUGGACAUCCUGGUGGAGGCUAAACAGGAAGUGCCCUCCUGGUUGGAGAGCCUGGCUUAUGAGCACCAGCACAAGAGCAACACCCGCGGGCGCUCUAAGAGGUUCAGCUCUGGUGGCUUUGGUGCCAGGGACUACCGUCAGACCAGCGGUGGCAGCAGCAGCACUGGAGGGUUCGGGGGUCGUGGUGGACGCCAGCCCAGUGGGCACGGAGGAAACCGUGGGUUCGGCGGUGGCGGUGGUGGCUUCGGAGGCAACUUCUACAGUAGCGACGGCUAUGGAGGAAGCUACACCCACCAAGGGGGAGUGGACUGGUGGGGCAACUAAACAUUCCUCUAAACCAUAUCCCCCUCUACCUACACCUCCACCCUCCCUUCCCCACCCCCACCCCAUCGCAGUGGGCCGCGCCACGCCAAACUCACUGAUAAGGAAACCACAUGUGUAACCUAAGCCAGACUAUAUAAACCCCCGUGUAGCUUCCAGACAGACUCUGCAGUACAUUACCAGUUGUGAUUCUCUGACCGCUUUCCCCCCCCCACCCCAAAAAAUGGAGCUAAGGGAGAGAGAGACGGGGGGGCUGAAAGAGCUGGAGCCCACUGAGCGUUACCUAGCGAUGCCAGGCUCCGGAAUCAUCGUGUGGUCACCCGUGACGACAAUAGCAUAUGACUUCUAGUUCUUUUUCUUCACUACAGCUGCUUUUUUUUUCUUUGUAACAAAAACUGAGGAUCAUUUGUUUGUUAAUGUACUGUGCCUUUAACAAUUAGAUCGUUUUCUCUAUUAUAUUAUUUUAAACGUCAUAGCUGGCUGAAAUAUGGCCGAAAAGAAGUAAAUUGUUUUUUUUGUUUGUUUCUUUUGGGUUUAAACGUGUUUUUUGUUAUUUUAUUCGGAAGGCAAACAAAAUAAGCUUGAACUAAAUAUCAAACCUUGGCAAACACCGAGAUGACAUGACUUUUGAGUGAGUCAUUCGUCCAUUUGAGCUUCAAAUUUGUCACAGGGUAAUCUGAUGGCUCAAACCAGCUCCAACUGCAUGUUUCAGCCAUCUUAGGAGAAUUCCAUUAUAGGUUUUCAAACCCUUAUGUGACAAAAGUGCACUUCAAGGGGAAAAAAGAAGAGUUCAAAAUAUGUUUCGCUCACUCUAUCCUGGAGAGGAAUAUGGUAGUCUUCACUAAACGAGCCAUUCCAGUUCUACGAUCUUAAUAUUUUAAAAUUGAAUAUUUAAAUGUAAAUACAAGGUAUUUGAGCAACUCUGCUCGAAUGCCAAUUCCCCACUUGAUUGCUAUUGAACCGGCAAGUGAAGCAAACUUUCUUAGCUGCCUGGUGGGUGAAAUUGUUUUUGAGUUAGCUUUUUUACUUGAAAACAUUUUGGAGGAAUGCAAUUGAAAUAUCCUUCCGACAGAAUGUUUCUUAAAAUUGUCAACAAUUCUAAAACGGCGCUUGCCAUAUUGAAAGUGAAGUUCGAAUGGUUGCCAUAGGACCACACAGUAACCUGGGUGGCUUUGCUUUUUGCCAAGGCCAUCCCGGGACGAAUUACGCAUGCAAGUGUUGUUGUUUUUUGGUCAAGGAGUUUUAAAAAAACAAAAUGCAAAAGGAAAUUCUGCAGCAGGCUUUUACUUCAUUACAAAAUGUUGUUCUCUUACACCUUUAUUUCGUUAUCUCUUUUUCAAGCUGCGUUAGAAUCCGAAGAACAUUCUCGGGUUUACUGUAAACAACUGUACAAGCUCUUCCCCCUCAGUGUGUCAGGGUAAGGAGGUCAUAGGUCAGAAUCUAAGGGUGUGUAUUCAGCAGUGGGUUGGUAAUGUACAAGCGAGCAAACCGAACUGUGCAUUGCGCACCAAUGUAGCAAAGGAUGAUGGGAAGUGCAGUUUAUUUCUCAGUGCACCACCAUAUUAAGAGGCAAUAAGGUUUUCCUGUGUAUGCUGGCUGGUGAAUCUAGCCCACGCGACCCGGCCAAAGACGGGGGUGUUUUAUCUAUCCUUUAUUACUGACAAAGAACCAAUGCAGCUAUUUGUCCCUUUGUGGAGUAGGGCUGGAUGUAUAAUGUAAAAUCACUGGCCAAUUUACUACUAUAGCUGGCAUGCAGGCUUCUUCCUUAUUUAGGAAGGAAGCCCAACGUUGGCAAGAAAAUGGCAUUUAACUUAAGUGCAAUACAUAAAUAUUCUCAAAGUGUGUCGUGCCUUGACAUUUUGAAUAAAUAACAUUGACAUGAUGGUGGUUAUGAAGCAGAUGCACUGACAGUAUUGUGAUAACUUAAAGAUUGAAUGGUGCUACCUAAGUUAGGUCUAGGCCCCUUUCUGAUGUUACUUAAUGACCAUCAAGUUUUACAAAAACGUAUUUUAUUGCACAUCUAGAGUUUUAUAUAAAUGUCUUCUUGAGUGCGUGUCCUUUAAGCUUCCGAAUUUUGUGUGAGGAGAUUGUGAGAAACGCAGCUUGUUUACGAAAGGGGAAGGUUUAUCACUAUUUAAAACCAGGAUUUAUUUGGGACCAGGGGUUAGUACAGUAGCAUUCUGGGAAUUUAGCUAUUUGCACACAGAUUACUAGAUUCUACUUUUGCUGCUAGUUUGUGUAAUUUAUUAAGCAUUUUUGAGAAAUAUUUAUUUUUAUAAGCCUAAAAAGUGGUAGUUUAAGAAACUUGACCAAAAGACAGUAUAAAAACACUGGCACUUGAAUGUUGAAUGUCACCGGUAUGCGUGGGAAUUUAUAUUUUUCGGGGUAGUGUGAGCUUUUUAAUGUCAGUCAUAUUGGACUCAAUAUCAAAAUCCACACCUGUUCUAGUACUGGCCUCACGGCCGCAACGUCUAAUCAACCGUAAUCUUAACGUUUAAUUGGCGAACAAAAUUAGAAACAACCAAUGCCAAGGUUUGGAUAAUAAAAGUGAUCAAAAUCAUUUUCUAAAAAACAAUGUACCAGUGCAAAAAAGUGUCCAGAUUCUCUCUAAUUCAAAUUUUCUUUGUUUUUGAGUUUUCCUCCCCCCAGCGAAUGUCUGGCACAUGGCAAUCUUAAGGAAAAAAAACAUGUGGUUCUGCUCUGUUGUUGUAUUUGCAUAUUUAAGCCUCUGUGUAUGUUCAGUGGAGUGCGUGUGGUGAGUCUGAGAAGGGCAACAAGUCUUAAAGUAACAGUGACUGACUGGGUAUAUUAGGUUUGGAUGAGUGAACAGUUUAA